AUCCCGGAAGCCCAUGGCUGCGGAUGACUCUGGUGUUGACUUUGGAAAACCGUUUGCACGACCGUUUGGGCUUAUCUCUCCUGUUACGAUGUGUGCAGAAGCAGUCGAUGGAAAGGCGAGUGUGAGUAUUACGAUUCGUAGUGAUAGGACGUAGUAGUUCGAGUUAUGUCUAUAUAGGAUUUGAGAAGACGUGUCAAGAUAUCUAUGUUAUAAAAUUUAAACCUUCCCCAUCCUGAAGAAAAAAAUUUAAAUAUAAACUUGAGAGACAUCAGAAGUGCAAUCUCGGCCAGCAUGAUGCGAUGUUGUCGCUCUCUUCCUCUCCACCGUCUCCGUGUCUCCCACUGAGCGCUUUCGAACAGGGUUAGGGUGUUAAGGUUCCCUGGCUGACCGAAUGAGUCGAAUCGGCCAAAGCGAUUAGUUAGUUAGGUGCUGUACAGUACUCCGUACCUACCCUGAUAAAGCACCCCGCCACCCCGCUAUCGUGCUCGAAGGCUCCAAAGCAGGGCAGGCACCGUUGCUUCGUCGUGCUAGCAUCCUGGCAAUCGGAUUAGCCGCCAAACUUUCUUGCAUAGCGCCGGCCUGGGUGAGAAUGGACAAGACACAAGACGCGCUGCUGCGGCGGCCCCUCUAUCUCUUUGACUUGCCUCUAGAAAUCCUCGAUUCGCUCGCUCCCAAGCCGGACGCGGGACUGCCUGCCCUAGCCGAAGACGAUGCGCCCACCAAGACGACCUCGUCGGGGGAGCCGAUCCCUAGCCCGGCCGGUAGUACCGAAAACGUCCUCGGGUCGCAGGCUUGCUCCCUCUGUGGCAUGGCCUUUGUCACCGUCCAGGAGCAGAAGGAACACCUCAAGACCGACCUCCAUUAUUACAACCUCAAACAGAAAAUGAACGGUCUCAAGCCUGUGUCGGAGACCGAGUUCGAGAAGCUCGUGGAAGAGAACGACGUAAGCAUAUCGGGUUCCGAGACGUCGGAUAACGAAGACGACGACGACGACGACGACGACGAGUCAUCCCGCAAGGAGUCGACGCUUUCGGCACUGCUGAAAAAACAAGCGUCGCUGGCGGAGAAACGCAGGCCAGACGAUGGGGACCAAGAUGACGAGCCGAAGGCGAAAAGGAGGGGCACGGGAAAGCCGCCGUUACUCUGGUUCACUUCGCCAAAGUUGCCGGAUCAUCACUACUUUGGGAUAUACCGCGCGAUGUUCACGCCCGAGGAGUUGGACAAGGAGGAUGCCAUCGUGGAGGCGAUCCGGCAAAGACAGUUGCCGCCGAUAUCCAUGCCCAAGGCUCCCAAGGACGGGACUUCGGUGCCCCCAGCCUACAAUGGCAGACACAUCUUUCUCUGCAUGAUGGGAGGCGGCCACUUCGCCGCCAUGGUAGUCUGCUUGGCCCCGAAGCAGAACAAGCACGGCUCUACCGGGCCGCUCAAUAGGGAGGCCGUCGUGCUGGCGCACAAGACCUUCCACCGGUACACAACCCGGCGGAAGCAGGGUGGCUCGCAGUCCGCCAACGACAAUGCCAAGGGGGCAGCGCACUCCGCCGGCGCCUCACUCCGCCGGUACAACGAGCAGGCCCUCGUCGAUGACGUCCGGGGGCUGCUCAGGGAUUGGAAAGCCCUGAUCGAUACCUCGGAUCUGCUCUUCAUCCGGGCAACGGGCGCCACGAACAGGCGGACCUUGUUCGGGCCGUACGACGGCCAGGUCCUCCGCCCCAACGACCCCCGCAUCAGGGGCUUCCCCUUCAGCACGCGAAGAGCAACACAGAGCGAGCUCAUGCGUUCCUUCAUCGAACUCACGCGCCUCAAAGUCAGAGAGAUCCGGCCCGAAGCGCCCCCGGCGCCCGCGGGUGAGACAUCCAACAAAGCCUCCAAACCGAAAGCCGACGCCAAACCGGCAACCCGAAAACGUAGCGACGAAGAAGAGGCCGCCAUCUUCCACACCACCCAACUCCAAGCCACGAUCCGCCGCUCCAAGCUCCCCGCGCUCCUCUCCUACCUCACCACCAACAACCUCCCGCCGGACUUCGUCUUCCAGCCGGCCGACUCGCAGCAGAACCGCCACGCGCCGACCCCGCUGCACCUCGCCGCCGCGCAGAACUCGGCCCCGCUCGUCGCCGGCCUGCUCACGCGCGCCGGGGCCGACCCGACGGUGCUCAGCCCCGAGGGCAAGACGCCGUUCGACCUGGCCGGCGACCGCGCGACGCGCGACGCCUUCCGGGUCGCCCGCGCCGAGCUGGGCGAGGCCGCCUGGGACUGGGACGCCGCGCGGGUGCCGGCGCCGCUCCGGCGGGCGGAGGCCGAGCAGCGGGCCGAGCGGGAGCGCAGCGCGCUCGAGAGGGACGAGCAGCUCCGUCGGAGGGCCGAGGAGGAGCGCCUCAAGGUCGAGGGCCCCAAGAUCCCCGACGCCAACAACAACAACAACAAGAAGUCGUCCUCGUCGUCGUCCUCGUCGUCCAAGGGCGGCGGCAGCCUCCUGGGCGGGCCGCCCAAGACGGCAGAGGAGAGGAGGGCCGAGGAGGCCAGGGGCCUGACGCCCGAGCAGAGGAUGCGGCUGGAGCGGGAGCGCAGGGCGAGAGCGGCCGAGGAGAGGAUCAGGCGGAUGAAGGCGGGCGGGUAAGCUUUUUUUUUUUUUUUUUUUUUUUUUUUUUUUUUUUUGCGUGUGUGUGUGAGAGAGGACAGAGGGGAGGGGAGGAGAGGGGAGGAGAGAGGAGGGAGGGUGGGUGUUAACUCGGGGAAAGCUGGUCGGCAGGUCGCGCGCAGGUGCAUAAGUA